UGUCAGUGAAUCUCUUACGUGUGACCUGCACACACUACAGUAUAAAGCACAGAUGCAUCACAAAAUGAAGUUUAGUUCAGUGAUACUGGUUUUCACAUUAGCCAUAAUAGUGGUCACGGCAGAAUCGUGGGAAGUCAUCGACGAGACUUUGACAAAUGACUGUAAAUCAAAUGAAUGGAUCUUGACAAAUACGACAAUCAUAUGGAAGAAUGACACAAAGCAUAUCUACGCUGGCAUUACUUACAACAAACCUGGGGGUCCAAUAUACAAGAUAUUGAUCACGAUGGAUUGCAAAAAUUACACAUGUUCUACACCACGAAUAUACGUUAUAAAUAUUGACUGCAGACCUAAUAAGAUUGAGGAUCUACCUGAAUCGGAUAAGUACGCUUGUAUGGUUGCGGAGGAAGCGGGAAAGCGAGAACAAGAAAAAGAAUGGUUGACUAAUCGAUAUCAACUAAUGGGAGAAAAGCUGUUUGACAUAAUAAUUUGUAUUAAUUUACAUCAUAUACAGAUAAAAGACGACAAGGAUUUAGAAUCGACGGAAUCAUCAAAAUCAUCGGAAUAAAAAGAAGUGCGGAGUCAUCGGAUUAAUAUAACAAUCACGCAAAAAUUUAUUUUUACAGCAUAUUACAUCUUUUACCAUUAAUAUAAUUUAAUUAAACAGUAUACAAUUGCUAUAUCAGAAAUGUGCUACUAAUAUGCAUUUGAUUACAUUAAUAUUUAAUGUUAAAAUUUUAAAAGACUAACUUUUCUGUGCACCAAAUUAGACAUGUUAAAAUAAUUUGCUUUUAAAUUCUUUGCGUUCAAAAAUGAUGCAUUAUCUGGAAGAACAGAUAUUUGAUUUUACAAAAUUUACUCUAAAAGUCAAUCAACCAUUAUAAUUGGAUAAUUACGAAACGCUACUCCUCAAAAUUUAAAUGCUUCAAGAGUAUCAACGAUGACUCCAUAAGCACUUCGCAGAAAGUGAAAGCACUUUCACGAAGACCCUUGUUGAUGUAUAACAUAAGUUGUAAUACACUUAAUCUAUUAAUGAUUUGUACAACAAUUUAAUAAGAAACUUUAUCUUAAUUAAUUUUAUAAAAAUUAAGACAAUAAAAUCACAAAUGAAGUUUUGAAACUGAAAUUUGCUGUAGUCGAAAAAACGCUUUAUAAUAAAAUUAGUAUGAUACAACUUAUAUGUAAAAUAAAAGGGCUUUUGUAACAAAUAAUAAAUAAAGACACCUAAGACAGCGAAACGAAUAGAUUCUACUAGAAA